AUGGCGUCUCUCGAAAACACGAGUGAUAGCUAUCUCGAAUCUCUUGCCAAAGAGGCAAAGAAGAAUGAUGUGGCGUUUAUGGACAUCAUAAAAGAGUUUCCCGUAAUUUACAACCGUGCCUGUGCAGAUUUUAAAGAUCGGAACAUAAAGAACAACGCCUGGCGAAAGAUUUCAGAGUUGCUUGAUUUACAAGAAUCCAAGUGUAAGCAAAGAUACGAAAGCAUUAGGACAACUUUUUCAAGGUACGUACGGAAGGCACUUGGGAAAAGUGGCGCUGGCAGAGAUGACAUUCAGUUAGAUCCGAAGUAUGAACACUUGAGGUGGCUUGCAACCUUCAUUAAAACAAGACCUACAUCUGGCAAUGUGCAAUUAGUGCGUGAAGCUGAAGAGCAAUCAAACUCAGACAAUGGGGAAUCCGAAGAGGAAGAAGACAAGUUUCCAUCACAAGAAACUUCUCCGUCCAGGUAAAUAUUGUUUAUUUAAUUUGCAUGGGUGUGUGUUUGUGUUUAAUACACAAGUCUGUUAGUAAGAGUCAUAGUAGUGUUGGCUUGUUGUCAACAUUUUGAUGAUUCUGCUGAUAAUAAACAAUUUAUCAUUAGAGGAGGCUAAUUUUUCUGUUACUGAGUGAUUAAUGUAAAUGUUUUAAAACUGGUUGAUCAGGGGUUUCUUUAAAGUUUUGAACAGGAGGGCAACUGAGUUUGAAACCCGGGCAAAGAAUUGGCAAGGCCCUCCGAGCAGGGGGGAUCUGGGGCAUGCUCCCUCGGAAAAUUUUGAAAUUCUAUAGUUGCAGAGGUGAGUUUUCCAACAUUCUAAAGCUGCAGACAUUGGUAAAUCAAAUUAACUUGAAAAGGUUACUAACCCUAAGGGGAAGAGGAACAAAACCUUUCGUUACAGGUGAAGAUGGAACUACAAAGUUAGUUAGUGUUCAUACUGUAGUUGGACUCAAGUCCUGAAUUUCCAGAUUACAAGCUCAGUACUCUGACUACUCAGCCCUGCUGUCUCCUGAACCUUAUUUGGCAUUUUGUCUGAGGCUCUGUGAUAGAAAGCUAGAGUUCCUUAUCUGACAGAAGCAUGCAUUAUCAUUAGUGUUCCUUUUUCAUCCUUUUGAUGUCAGAUUGAUGACAGAACCCUUAUUUUAUCACUUUAAUUUUUUUUUGUAGUGAACAAAGAGAUUCAGCUGAGCCUGAAUGGAAGAAACCAAGUGAAAAAAAAUUAAAGAAGACAUUACCAAAAAAGCGAUCUUGGUCUCCUGCUGUAAGUGCCCCAGACCCAAAUUUGGAACUAUGCAAAGUGAUGCAUAGUUUCCAAAAGUCACUAGAUGCUAGCUACAAAGCACAAACACCUCUAAAGACAGAUCAUAAUUCUGAUACUCAUUAUUGCUUAAGUUUGGCUGAGAGAAUGUCUGGUUUGGACAACAAAACUAAAGCCUAUGUGCGGCACUCAAUUGAGAAGUUGUUCUUUGAUAUAGAGUCAGGUGCAUAUGCUACAGUGGUUCCAGCAACCCAGUACCAUGCAACACCCUAUUUUAAUAGUGGUCAGUUCCAUCUGGGGCAACCAAGUCCAAGUUUUUCUCAAGACCUCAGCCACCAUUUAAUUGAGUAAAUUGCAUUAAUAUUAAUGCUUCAUGUAUGUUGACAUUUUCUUUCUGUGAGUAUCGAACAAAGAGCCCCAUUGAAUCAUUUACCUCUAAUAAUCUGUGACUUUAUUAGAUACCAACAUCAAACAGGCCA